AUGCAAGAAACCACGAAGCAUCUGCUUGACGGUGUUGUGGGAAUGACGUGUGUCGACCCCACACUCCACACAUCCGUCAGCGCCGCCCCGCUUGUGGUCUCCAUCAUCACUCAGCAGUGCUUGUACCUCUGCCACACGGCCUCCUCUUGCCAGGCCCUUUUGAAUGAGGGUGAUUCCUCGUUUUGGCAAAUUAUGCGGCACGUGGCAGAGGCCCGAGCUCGCUACGUGGCCUUGCGUGCCCCACCUCCUCCAAAGCCCCUCCGUAAAAGAGUUGAGCCCCGGAGCGAAGAGCCCCCGCAGCCCUCCGCUGAUCCCCUGAGAGACACUGACUCCACGAGUAGCCACCAUAGCAGUCGUAGCAGUGAAAGUUGCGUCGAGGAGGGCAGGUUUAGCCCUGCGCGCCCUCCCCUGACACUCCCUCGGCUACAGUUGAUGCUCUCACCACUCGAAUUUCGUGUUGUUGUGGCCGGAGGCGGUAGAGUAGGGCGGGCCAUUGUGGAGCGCUUGCUGCAGGCGUCGUACCUCAUCCACCCGUCGCGAAUCACCAUCAUCACACGACAGCCCGAGACCGUCGCGCAGUUUGCGGUUCGCGGGGUGCACUGCACGGGGCGGACGGAAGGGCGUCAGGCGCUGCUGGAGUGCCACGUGUUAAUUGUGGCGUGCCAACAGACCCAGUUCUACGACUUUGCCAGCAUAUACUGCCCGUUUCGCACCCAGAAGCCGGCGGGGCCGCCGCGAAAGGCGGGGGGCGAUAGUGAGGCGGAGCAAGACAAACUGUCGACGAAGAGGCGCCUGCGGCGCGUAAAGAAAAGGACACUGCGAGACGUUGUAGACAAGUGGCGGACCAUCGAGGAUAACGACUACGCAGACAACGUGCCCGGGGCCACCUUGACGCAGUUGCUGAAGCCGGGAACAUUUGUCUUUUCCUGCUGCGCCGCGCUGGAAACGCGCAAGAUUGCAAAGGAGCUGGGACACCUUGACCCCCUUGUCGUGAACGCCGAUGUGGACCUCGACGCCGUCCACGCUGCCGCGCAGCAGUUGCAGAGCGGCAAGGAGGAUUUUCGCUCAGCGUAUAUUCAACGCGUUAAACUAGAGGGAAACUCCUUCCUUACCGCACUCAAUGUGCUGCAGCAGAAGUACUUGAACGGUGACGCCCCAUCUGCCGAUUUCGUCAGCAGAGACAUCCUGCAAGAUCCGUACUCGGCUGAGCUGCGCAUGCAGGGCCGCAGACCCCGGCCGCCGCCGCCGCCUAGCAUGGCUAAAGUGUUGAGAGGCGAAGGUGUUAGUGGUAGCACCUCCUUUCUGUUGCGUGUUUGGCGUGCGUUGCGGUGUUUCGUGGUGGUGCGGGUGGCGUCUCUCAAGGUGGCGGAGCACCGCCUGUUUACGUACCUGCAGCGCGUUGGGCCAUUGCUUGGCCCCGUUCUCGUUGCGCUUCCAACCUCCAGCCAGGCCCGCGUUGUGGAGGUGCUGGGGGACGCGCUCAACCGCAAGGCGAACGAAGACGACGACGAGGGAGCUGCUCUGGAGGCACGGCCGCUGGUGAAGCUGGACAAGCGCGUUGUCAUGGCUUGCGACAGUGACAGUGACAGUGACGACGACAACGACCAUGAAGUGCCACAUGCGGCAAGAGAGUUGGCGCGCCUCAUUGCAUGUUUUCCCCAAGUUUUUGAGAAGGAGGAGGUGGCGCUUCAGCAGCUGCGUGAGGAGUACAUUGCCGUGACGGAGCGUUGA